AUGCUUGGAACAUUAUUACGAUUAGAAGAAUUAAAAGAUAUUAAUAUUACUGAAUAUCAACAAAUAUUUGAAAUUGUUGAUAAAAUAAAGACAUCAUCUAAUGAUGAUGGUCGUAAACGUGCAACACGUACAACAACAAGAACAAAUGAAGUUAGUUUACAACAACAAUUUAAUGAUAAAAUAGUUAAAUUUAUUGAUAAAAUUAUAUCAAAUCUACGUGCUAGAUUUGAAUCAAAUGUUUUACAAUUCCUCAAUUGUUUUCGUAUAUUUGAUGUUGCUGAAGUAACUGAUGAACCAGAAUAUGGUGUACAACAGAUUAAUAUGAUCAAAAACCAAUAUCCUAAUGAUUUUAAUGACAACUUACUCAGCGAAUGGAAAGUAUUUCGUAAAUAUUUAUUCGUGCAAAAACAACAACAAACAUCAACAAGUUUAUCACAACGACAACAAUGUAUUAAUUUAGUUAAAAAUGGAAUGUUAAAAGAUAUGUAUCCACAAUUAUCUUUAGCUGCUGAAAUAUUUUUAUGUGCACCAAUUAGUACAGCAACAGUGGAACGCGAUUUUAGUACAAUGAAUAGAAUAUUAACUGAUUUACGCAAUCGUUUAACAACAGAACAUUUGGAACAAUUAAUGAAGAUAUCAAUAGAAGGACCAUGUGAUUUAGAUAAUAAUAUCAAAGAUUUAAUUAUUAAUUGCUGGAAAAGUGUAAAUCUUCGUGAAGUGAAUAACAACGAUGAGAAUCAAUCACCAGCUGAGAUUAAUGAACGAAUACAAGGUGGUACAAACUCAAAUGUUACUCAACAUUUAAGUUCACAAAGUGGUAAUAAUCUAACAAGUUCAACAUCAUCAACUGAUGGUAACCUCGAUGAUACUGCAAACAAUAUUCCAAUUGGUUAA